CACAGUUAUACAAGCUCAAUGUGAAAAUGAGAAAAAAAAAACAAAAGAAAGCCAUCAAAGUACUGUUUGAUUUUGUUAAGAUUAUACAAGACAAGAACUCAUUUGACUACGAUGAGAUUAAAAUGAUCAUAUCUCAAAGGGUCGAAUGGUACGGGGAUAUAAUAUUUCAAUUAUUGGAUGACUUGAUAGAAUGGUUUACUGACAUAGAUAAAUUAUCGGACGGUCUAGGCAAACCACGUUUAGGGUGUAUCAUCAUACCAAUGUUCUGUUCUUCAGUGACAGGAUGUUUCACAGUGUUGGAAUAUGUAAAUAGCAGUCAGUACAAGGAACAUCUAUCAAGAAUUUCGACUAUUGUCAGUACAUUAUUUGGCUUUUCUUGCUCAUUUAAUUGGGUUGUAGAGCCUACGAGUCUUCAGAGUAGUUUAGCCUUCUAUUGGGACGACAUUGGAACAGAAAGUAGCAAAAAGAAGUUGAAGAAUUUAGUGUUACCCAUUCAUGUCACUAACAUAGAAGGGUUGAUUAAAAUUUGGAAAAUGUUCGGGGGAAAAAGAGAAACCGUCGCUUGGAGAAUAUAUCUAGGACACUGUCAGCAAGGCUUACUAUCGCAUUCUUCUGGCAAUAUGAACGAACAGAGUAUAAAGGAACUUGACUAUUCUGCUGACGAAGAGAAAUUAGAAGAUAAGCGGCCUACGCAGCUGAAACCUCCUCCACCACAUGGCGUUCAAGAUAUUAAUUCCUUAGAUAACUAA